AUGGCUGGUGCUAUGAAGCGGAAGCUGGGCGACGACGACGACGGUCCACCAGCCUGGUCAGAUCAGCAGCGCGAGGCUGAUUAUCCUAGAAGCAAGCGUCCACAUACUGCCAUCGAGCCACGCGAUACGACGGAGAGCGAAAGCCCACUCAUGAAGCUACUUGGCGAACUACGCAACGGAAUCUUUGAGCUCGCCUUGCUCUCCAACAACACGACCGGCAUGCUCACCAUCAACGGCCGUGUCCGCGUUACCAAACGUGACCCCAAACGAGCCCUGAGCUGUCGACCGUGGCGGGAGCCCGCACUCCUCCGAACGUCAAAGCAAAUUCGCCACGAAGCAAUUUCCAUCUACUACCUAGGCCAUCACCUCGAUGUUCGCACUCGCUCGAACGAAAUCGACAAGCCCAACCUCUGGCUGCGCCGAAUUGUGGAACAGCUAGGUGGGAGGUGUCCAUCAUUCCACCUCCGCGUUGUUUCAUGCACGUGGGAUGAUGUGGCGGCCUGGCUGCACCUUGCCAAAUUUGCUUACGAAUCAUCCGGCUGGAAGAUCGACCUGGGCGAAAUGGCUGCACGAUACAGACAUAUCUUAUUCACCGUCGCUGACGGUAAUCGCUACUACCAGUCGGCCCUGAGUGAAGUCGUGGAGCUCGGCUUGACUUCUGGGAAGUUGGGUCUAUCAGCCGAAAAGCUGGAAGAAGAGUUCUACUUCUGGGCUCAAACUGCUGCCAUGUCAUUGAGCAAAGGCCAUGGACGGAAACGCUUGUUUGCAAGCCCUCCGGGAAGCGAGUUGAAGGACGCCAACUUGGAGUUCAUGCCGAAGCGCAGAGUGGCGCCUGGAUACUUGGCUGAUGAGUUCGAGCAAGUGCCUUUCAUCGCGGAUGAAGCCGGGAACGUGUACAGCGCUUGA